AUGACGAACGUGGGCGUCGUCUGUGGAAUAGUCUAUGGCGCGGCACGAAGGACAGACGGAGGUAAUCAUUUGAUACGAGAGUCCGACAGCACAUGGCAGAUACCGAUCUACUCCUGCGCGUCGGCUGCCAAGGCUCUGAUCAAGACGGUACGCUUCCGCUACGACGGUUCCGGUAGUCUUGGUGGCCUUCGCGUCGUGGAUAUGACUGAGAAGACGUAUCAAACUGAGGAUGAAAACCCGCUCUGGGGAGUUGAAAACACCUCCAUCCGGCUAGAUGUCGCGCAGCCACUUUGGGGUAUUGUUUCCAAAGAAUAUCAAAACAGAAGCGACAUCUCAGUCAUUCGAAAAGAAUCGCUCUGGCUACCCGGAUUUGGUGACACGACUCUAAGCCUCCCGGUCAAUGGCUUGUUAAAUUUACCGGGAGCCUCGUUCCAUCUGUCAUCGUUUGCGUAUCUGUACUCACUGAGCAGCUCCAUUACGAACAGCGUUAGCGACUAUACCGGGGAGACGAGCAGCGCUUUAUAUUCGAAAUGGAGAGGUUACUCAACGCAAGCAGACACCACUUCUACCAUUAUCAAUCUGAUCUGGACGGAUAUAGUUGCCAACGCUGUAGUCGGUACCAGAGGAUGGCUUUCACCGCAGGGCAUUCCGGUAGGCAGUGCCAAUGUUUCGGGGCAAGUAGAGGUACCGGUGACAGAAUACAGGAAGACCAUCCAGUACCGAGUCCCAUUCGGAAUUCCAGCUUUUUUUGCUCUAUUUUGGAUCUUGCUUUCUAUGGUAACCGUGAUGAUUCUAUUGCUUUGCGGCUUUGACGACAACAUGGGCCUCAUCGGUGGGAACUAA